UAACUUUUGCCAGUUUUCUAAACAGCCAUUAGCAAAAUAACUCCUUCGUCAAGAUUUGAAUUCAGAGCAUCUUUCAGUCCCUCCUUCACUGCUCUGUUUACCACCUCAAUUAAUUACUACACCAGGAUGAUCUAAAGACAGCUCUAAUAAGACAGAGGACAGUGUAAGACGAAGAUCACGGUAAAUUAAUUUGCAGUACAUUUACAUUUUCAUUCCAUUCUCCCUUUCAGUUUGGCAGUGAAUCUGCCUUGGAGAUGAGAGAGAGCUCCAAGAGGCAUUUAUGCUUCCUUUUUGCAGAUCUCAGUAUCUAGACUUCUGGAUUUAAGGUCUGGCUUCCGGGCGUCUCUCUUCACACACAGAGGAGCAGACCAACUUCACCCUCUGGCCGGAGGCCGCCAGAUAUCCAUUCUACUUCAAGCUGCCACCAGGACUGCUCUUGUGGAUUAAUGAGGCUACUGGAGGUGUCCCCUGUGGCAAUUAAAUGAAUUCUUAAGAUGUACCUGUUAGCUGACAGGAGAGAGAGGAAAACCCACCCUCAUCUGCAGAAACAAGAUGGAAAGACAAAGCGGAAACUGUGAUCAUUGGAGGCGGCUGCAUUGGUGUGAGUCUGGCUUAUCACCUCGCCAAAGCGGGGAUGAAAGAUGUGGUCCUCCUGGAAAAAUCCGAGCUCACUGCUGGAUCUACCUGGCACGCAGCAGGUUUAACAACUUACUUUCAUCCCGGAAUAAACUUGAAGAAGAUACACUAUGCUAGCAUCAAACUUUAUGAGAAAUUGGAAGAAGAAACUGGACAGGUGGUGGGAUUCCAUCAGCCAGGUAGCAUCAGAAUUGCCACAACUCCUGUAAGGGUCGAUGAAUUUAAAUACCAGAUGACUCGGACUGGCUGGCAUGCAACAGAACAGUAUAUUAUUGGGCCUGAAAAAAUUCAAGAGAUGUUCCCUUUACUCAACAUGAAUAAGAUUUUAGCUGGACUAUAUAAUCCUGGAGAUGGUCACAUUGAUCCUUACUCUCUAACUAUGGCCCUAGCUUCUGGGGCUAGGAAAUAUGGUGCCCUUUUAAAAUAUCCCGCCCCGGUGACUUCUCUGAAACCCAGGUCAGAUGGAACAUGGGAUGUUGAAACGCCACAGGGAUCUAUGAGAGCGAAUAGAAUUGUGAAUGCUGCAGGACUUUGGGCUCGUGAAGUAGGAAAGAUGGUGGGACUAGAACAUCCUCUCAUUCCAGUCCAGCACCAAUAUGUUGUUACAUCGACUAUACCUGAAGUGAAAGCUUUGAAACGAGAACUGCCAGUGCUCCGUGACCUGGAAGGAUCCUAUUAUCUCCGACAGGAAAGGGAUGGGCUUUUGUUUGGUCCAUAUGAAAGUCAGGAGAAAAUGAAAGUGCAGGACGCGUGGGUCACCAAUGGAGUCCCUCCAGGGUUUGGAAAGGAGCUCUUUGAGUCUGAUCUUGACCGAAUCAUGGAACAUGUUGAAGCUGCCAUGGAAAUGGUUCCAGUCUUGAAAAAGGCUGACAUCAUCAAUAUUGUCAAUGGCCCUAUCACCUAUUCUCCUGACAUUCUGCCUAUGGUAGGGCCCCAUCAGGGAGUCAGAAACUACUGGGUGGCUAUAGGUUUUGGGUAUGGCAUAAUCCAUGCUGGUGGGGUAGGGAAAUAUCUCAGUGACUGGAUCCUGCACGGAGAACCUCCAUUUGAUCUGAUAGAAUUGGAUCCCAAUCGCUAUGGCAAAUGGACAACAACUCAGUACACUGAGGCCAAAGCAAGAGAGUCAUAUGGAUUCAACAAUAUUGUUGGUUAUCCUAAAGAAGAACGAUUUGCCGGGAGGCCAACUCAGCGAGUCAGUGGGCUUUAUAAAACCCUGGAGUCUAAGUGUUCCAUGGGGUUCCAUGCAGGCUGGGAACAGCCACACUGGUUCUACAAACCGGGUCAGGACACUCAGUACAGGCCCAGUUUUCGCCGCACAAACUGGUUUGAGCCUGUAGGAUCUGAGUAUAAACAGGUUAUGCAAAAAGUAGGGGUUAUUGACCUAUCACCAUUUGGCAAGUUUAACGUCAAAGGCCAAGACUCUGUUCGAUUGCUGGACCAUCUCUUUGCAAAUGUCAUUCCAAAGGUGGGUUUUACAAACAUAAGUCACAUGUUGACACCAAAAGGUCGCGUGUAUGCUGAGUUGACCGUUUCUCACCAAACUCCUGGGGAGUUUUUACUAAUAACUGGUUCUGGAUCCGAACUUCAUGAUCUUAGAUGGAUUGAAGAAGAGGCAGUCAACGGUGGAUAUAAUGUUGAAAUUAAAAACAUAACCGAUGAGCUCGGAGUCCUUGGUGUUGCAGGGCCCCAUGCAAGAAAGGUUCUUCAGAAACUGACCACUGAAGAUCUUAGUGAUGAUGUUUUCAAGUUUCUUCAAACCAAGUCUUUAAAGGUUUCAGACAUUCCUGUCACUGCUAUUAGGAUAUCUUAUACUGGUGAGCUGGGUUGGGAGCUGUACCACAGACGAGAAGACUCUGCAGCCCUUUAUGACGCUAUCAUGAAUGCAGGCCAGGAGGAGGGAAUCGACAAUUUCGGAACAUACGCCAUGAAUGUCUUAAGGCUGGAGAAAGCUUUCAGAGCCUGGGGGUCAGAGAUGAACUGCGACACAAAUCCCUUGGAAGCUGGACUGGAAUAUUUUAUAAAGCUAAACAAGCCAGCAGACUUCAUAGGAAAGCAAGCACUGAAACAGAUUAAAGCCAAGGGGCUGAAACGGAGAUUGGUCUGCCUCACCUUGGCAACGGACGAUGUUGAUCCAGAGGGAAAUGAAAGCAUCUGGUAUGAUGGCAAGGUGGUUGGCAACACGACAUCUGGAAGCUACAGUUACAGCAUUCAGAAGAGUCUGGCGUUUGCCUAUGUCCCUGUAGAGCUAAGUAAAGUAGGACAACAGGUAGAAGUUGAACUGUUGGGCAAAAAUUACCUAGCAAGCAUCAUACAGGAACCCUUGGUAUUGACAGAACCAACCAGAAACCGGCUUUGGAAGAAAAGUGGGAAGGACAAAAUUUGAAAAAGUCCUUCAGUAGGCAACUGAAUUGUGUUAGGUCUAUGACUGUGCCAAACAUCAUAGCUGAUUUUGGGGAGAAUACAAGAAACCAAGAAUUCAGUUCAAAAUCCUCAAAAUCUAGAUUUAUAAUCUUAGUAAAACCUUUUUCAGUUCUUUCCUAAGCAAGAGAGAAUAAUAGGUUAGUGAUUUACAUUGUUCUUUCAAAUGAAGAUAUUUGAAAUGAAUGUUUCUAUUAACCUAUAUUGUUUGUGAAACUCAGCAAAAUAUUUAGGUGUUCACUAAUAUACAAUCACUAUGAUAACUGAAUUAGAGAAUGUUGUAUAGUUUUAGGAAUAUAUGCUUGUGGUUCUUGUACCUGAAAACAAAUUGUUUUAUAUAAAAACAAAUGCAUUUCUGUUGAUGGGUUGGUUUCAUUGAGAAACAGUAGUUGAAUAAGGGAUAGUUUUAAUUUUCCUAAGACAUCUACGAUGAAAAUAGUAACAUUUAAUAUUGAUACAUAAAUUUUUAUUCAAUUCUCUGAAAUACUUAUUUUCUUAAUGAGUUCCCUGCCAGCAGUAUUAUGGGACAUCAUUAUUGUCCUUUCAAAGGUUGUUUUAGAAGAGUGACUGCAAAAAAGAACAGUCUUCCAAGGAAGCAGUGCUUGUAGACCCUCUGAAAUGAAGCUGAAACAUGGACUGUGCCAGUAAAAACACAGUUUGAAUACUGAACACCUCUCUUUGGGAACGAAUUAAUGCAAGUUGACAUUACACGUGCCGUUCUGAAUCUCCUUUCACAAAGCAUUUGACAAAGCAGGUCGAACAAGAGCUUAAGAGCCGACAGGAUUGCCCUUCCCACUGUGUGCAACAAGAAAAAAAUGUAUUUAGAAAUAAUUUUCUGAUAAAUUUUUCAAAAUUGAAUUUA